AUUCAGCUAAAAAACACACAGCUCCUACUUUUUUGUCACAAAAUCAAAAAUCACAAGUGAACGGAAGCUCUCUCUCCAUGAUUUGGGUCAAAAAUGAGAGCUGUUGUGGCCCCGCUCCUGAGUCCUGGCUGCGGUCCUUGUGCCCAUGAAAUAGAGCCUUUACAGAGCGCCUUCUUUUAAGAAGCGAGGGUUGGAGGAGGGGGGAGUGGAGGUGGGGCUUGAACAUACAUAAGAGGCUAAGACAGUCCGCCAGUCCAAUUUGGCACAACAUCACCAGACAAUUUGCUUUUGCUUAACCUAUACGAGGACGCUGAUUGGAUCUUUCAGACCCUCCUCAUCCACUCGGAUCGGCCUUAUUUUUGGAGGAGAAAGCCUCGUCAGUGAUGAGCACAGGCAGGUUAUUCAGAACUUCAUCCUGUAUGUCGGAUGGGGACAACGUGACUGGAGGCUGGUCCCAGGGCUUUGUCCUGCAGCCUGCCUGGGACUACCUCCACCAGAACCACCACGACCUCCUGAGGAGCCCUCUGUUCCCCGUGGUGCUCUCCGUCACCACCUACUUCCUCCUGGUUGGUCUUUACACCCUGCUUGACCUGCUGGCUCCCACCUGGCCCUGCAUCAACCGCUACAGUCUCAACCCCGACAGAGUCGUCACCUGGCCUAACAUCUGGACCACCCUGGGCGUCACCAUGUACAACCACCUGCUUUACAUCUUUCCCACCGCGGUGGCCCAGUGGCUGUGGAGGCCGCCCACCCCGUUGCCCUGCGAGGCGCCCACUCUCUGGAGCUUCUUCCUGGGCAUCCUGGGCUGCACGGUGGUCUUUGACUUCCAGUAUUACCUGUGGCACCUGCUGCACCACCGGGUGCCGUGGUUGUACCGCACGUUCCACGCCGUGCACCACCAGUACAACCAACCCUUCAGCCUCGUCACCCAGUACCUGUCUGGCUGGGAGUUGUUCAGCGUGGGCUUUUGGGCUACAGUAGACCCCAUCCUGCUCCAGUGCCACUGCCUCACAACGUGGGGCUUCAUGGUCUUCAACAUCUACAUUUCCACCGAGGACCACUGCGGCUAUGACUUCCCGUGGGCCAUGCAUAAGCUGGUGCCCUUUGGCCUCUGGGGGGGCGCGCCCCAGCAUGACACUCACCACCAGCGGCCCAACACUAACUUCGCCCCUUUCUUCUCUCACUGGGACUGGCUGGGGGGCACCCACGCCGUGCCAACUCCCUCCAGCCACGCUGCCGCGGCGGAGCCAGACCUGAUGAAAGGGAGGAAAGAAUAAAGAGCUAAAGAGAAUUAAUCUCUCAUUGACUCUGUCGCUCUUUUACUCAAAGUGUCUCUUUUGUACCUGCUCUCACUCCAUCACUUUCUCUCUUUCCCGUCUGUCUUUUUGGUAUUAUCAUAUUGACUCACCAUACUUUGAUUUCCUCCACUGCUCUCUAACAGAACAUCUUCUGAUUAUCAGUCUAACAUUUGACUACCUGGUAAGUUGUUGAGAAGAAUGAUCUAGUAUAGAUUAGUCUGUACUGUACAUUUAUCUCUUACUCAUAGAGAUGUCCCUUGGUGUAAUCUUACCGUAUUCUCAGGUCUGUUAUGUUUCCAUAACAUGUUUUGAGCUCUUAUGGAUUAUUUUGCUGAUGGUAGAUGGUGUGAUCUGUCACAGUGAUUACACACACGUUAACACAUACAUUGUCCCUCUCUCCCUGCCUGCUCAGCACUGACCCUCUCACUCACACGCAUGAAUAGCGGUCUUUCAGCUGCACAUGCGUGGGCGCAAUACUAAUCUAUCGCCCUCUCUUUGAGACGCUCUUAUACUGGAUGAGUUCUUAAAAAAACUCCCCCCAAAAAGACAAUACCUUUGUGAAACAGCUGAGAAAAUAAAAAUGGAAUAUUUUCAUUAUGUCUUGUGUUAUCUUUGAAAUAUCUUGUCUUAUCUUAUGUUAUCUUAUGUUGGACCGAGAUUACAAUGAGAAUUUUUCCAUUGAUUUCACAUUUUAGAAUAAAUCAAAGUAAAGUCAUGUGGCUCAGAAAUAAUGUGUAAAUCAAAUACAUUUCUAAUGAAGCACUGACUACUUUAACAACUUCUUUUUUACUUUGAUGUAGUAUUACUUGCAUUUCAACAAACAAACCAGCAGAGGUCCCUUGUCCUCCAGUCAGAGAGACAAGGCUUCAAACACAGCCACUUCUACUACUAAAUUUGUUUUGACAGAUUAAUCUCUAGGGUACCACAAGACACACUUUUUUCCUUUGUGUGGUAGCGAACAGUGUCUAAUAAUGUGUGUGUCAUAGUAUCGUGGUGUGGUGGUGAUCUACACUGUGACUGUUCUCUUCUUUGUUUCCAUUCGCCUGUUUACACUGGCUGUCAGAACUGGUUUGACGUGUUUCUCAUUCACAAGGGAACUGACG